AUGCCAACUGAACCAUUCAACACACAAAUAGAGAAAAAGUGCCUGGUUAUUGGCUUUGCGUAUUUCCUUUAUCUGGCCACAGGUGCAAAACCUCAUCGAGAUAUUUUAAGUAAUGACAAGAUUAACAUAGUUUACAUAACAGAGGUCAUGACGACAAUGAAAUUUGGAUCAAAGAUUUUUCAGUAUGGGCUCAAAGUCUUUGUGCAGACUUUACAAAUAUGUUACAUUUUGUUAAAGAUUGAUGCUCCUUCGUACAUGCUCCUACAGAAUCCACCUGGCCUCCCUGCUAUUGCCGCUGUAUGGGCAGUAUGUUUGCUAAGAGGAAGUAAAUUUAUUAUUGACUGGCAUAAUUAUGGUUACACCAUUAUGAGUUUGACACAUGGAGAUCAUCAUCCCAUUGUGCUGAUUGCCAAAUGGUAUGAACAUUUUUUUGGAAAGCUCUCUGAUUCAAAUCUAUGUGUCACUGAAGCCAUGAAAGAAGACUUGAGAGUGAACUGGAAUAUCAAGGCAACCACACUAUAUGACUGUCCAUCUCCCAUCUUUAGAGAAACCCCUCUAGAAUUACAACAUAAACUGUUUAAGAAACUUGCUAAAGAUUUUGAUGCAUUUAAAGCAAGGAGUGAAUCCGUGCCCUCUAAUUUAGAACAGACAGCGUUCACAGAACUACAUACUGGUACUGGCAAUGUCACCCACAUCCAAGGCAGACCUGCAUUAUUGCUUAGCAGUACUAGCUGGACAGAGGAUGAAGAUUUUUCCAUUCUGCUGAAAGCCUUGGAAGAAUAUGAAGGUUUCAAGAACAGUGGUAUAACAUUACCACCUCUUGUAUGUGCCAUUACAGGGAAAGGUCCACUACAGGAAUUUUAUAAUAAUCUCAUUGAAAAAUUGCAUUUUAAACAUGUCCACAUAUGCACUUUGUGGCUUGAAGCUGAAGAUUAUCCAGUGUUGCUAGGAUCUGGUGAUCUAGGAGUUUGUCUUCAUAAAUCAACCAGUGGACUGGAUUUGCCAAUGAAAGUUGUAGACAUGUUUGGUUGCCAUUUACCUGUAUGUGCAAUUGACUUCCCAUGUUUACAUGAACUUGUGAAAACUGAAGAAAAUGGUUUAAUAUUUAAAAACUCUCAUGAACUGGCCGUGCAACUAAAGCUUCUCUUUACAGACUUCCAGAAUGAAAAGAACAAACUAGGUGUAUUCAAAAGAAACCUGAAGGAAUCAAAGAUGGUUCAGUGGGAUGAGAAUUGGGAUGAAACAGUACGUCCUCUGCUGGCAGCAAAUAAUUGAAGUUUGUGACUGUUGUUUUGGGGAUGAGUAAGCAGUGCUGACCAUCAAGUCUGUCUGUUAUUGUCUAUACCCAGCAGGAUCAUGAGCUGAUCAAUCAACAGAAACCUCUGUUCAGAAUAAACCUAGAGCAGCAGUGCUGGACAUUGUCUCAGUGGACCAAUAAAGACUAGAUAAUUUCUGGAUUAUAAAUUUUGAUUUGUAAAUUUAUUGAAAUAUUUGAGGCUGCGUAAGAAUUGGGAGUGUUUUUUAAGCGGGUUUUUAACAAGUUUUAAAAGUAAUUAGUCAGUUUUAAUCGAAAAUUCUGAUAAUUAUGAACAUUUUAAAUCGCCUCAUUUGGUGAUUUAAAUGUCAUAGUUACUUAGAGCAUAGGUGUCACAUCGAGUUGGUGCCAGCUCUCCUCAGACCAGUCCAGGCAGUUCCACUCCCCUGUUCAAUCCCUGCAACGUUAUUUCCUUCAUGUUUUCAUCUAAUUUCCUAUUGAAAUCAUUGUUUCACCUUCCCCAUUCUGCCCCACCUGUGUGUUCCAGGUUAUUACCAGUCCCUAAAUAGUUUCUUCACAUUUCCCAUACAUCUUUUGCCCGAAAUGUUAAAUGUGUCCCCUCAUUCUUAUAGAAGCAGCUAUUGGAAUAAUUUUUCCUUGUUUAUUAAUUCCAAAUCUUUAAUAAUUUUGUAACUUUUAUCAAACCUCCCUUGUAUUGAAAACAACCCCAUCUUUUCCAACUUCACCUUGUAACUAAACUGGGUACUUGUCUGCCCAUUCUAUUAGGCCAUCUAUACCAUAUUGCAGUCGAUUGGUCUCAUCCUUAGUGUAUGCCACACCUCCAGGUUUGGCCAAUUCAGCAAAUUUUGUACUUCUACUCUGUACCAAGAUUCAAGUCAUUUAUAUACAGCAAUGAAAGCAAUAAUCCCAGCACUGACCCUCCGGUUACACCAUUGUCUGCCACCCAUCAAUCUGAUAAAGAACCAUUUACCAUGUCUUGAGGUGUUCUGUAUGAGAUCAGUUUUUUAAUCCAAUUUGUCACUUUCCUUGUAUUCUGAGCCUCAAUUAAGUUAACCAAUCUUAUGUAAUAUUUAACCCUUCUGUUACUUGAUCAAAAAAUCCACUUAAUUAGUCAAGCACAUUCUGUCUUUUACCAAUCUUUGGGGACUCUGUUUAAUUAACUCAAACCUCUUCAAGUGCAUGGUGAAGAUUUUCUUCGAAAUAUUGUUUCUUACUUACCGAUGUUAAACUAAACGGGGGAUUGUUGCUGGGACUGUCCCUGGACCUUUUCAUGGAUAAGUGUGUAACAUUUACCAUUCUCUAAUCUUCUGGCAUCUCCCUCAUUUCCAGGCAAGAUUAGAAAGUUAUUACAAGCCGUUCUGCCUUCUCAACUUAUUGUUGUAAAUAUAUAGAUACAGAGGACUUACUCAUGCUUUCCAUGAGGACGAAGCUGACUCCCGUUCCAGUACUGCCUCCUUUCUAGUUGGACUGAGUACUGAUCAAGAAUGUUCUCCUGAAUACAUGUCAAAAAUUCCUCCCCCUCCCCCUUACCCUUUAUUCGUUAUCCCAAUAGCAAUUUAGAUAAUUCAGAUCCCUCUAUCACUUGUGUAGUUUUUGCAUAUCAAAGAUCCCUGCAAAUUUUAAUCCUCUUUCUCCCCCCACUCCCCGCAAUGUUUCGAGGCCUACAGAGUACACCCAAGAAUCAAAUCAUCAUUUUGUUUCUUAAUUCAAACUAAAUUGCCCCCUCAAGGACAUUUUUUACAAGUAUGCACUUUGUCUCUCAAAUUCUGAUUAGAAAUUGGAAAAAUUAAAAAUUUCAAAGAGAAAGGAGACCUUCCCAAUAACAUGACACUUGAUUUUCUUUUGAACGUAAUCAGUUGGCUCCAAACCCAGAUUCCAUUCCCUCCAAGGGUCGCCAGACCCAAAACAUUAACUCUGAUUUUCCCUCACAGAUGCUGCCAGACCUCCUGAGCUUUUCCAGCAACUUCUGUUUGUGUCUUUUAUACCUGUUGCUAGUUUCCAAAACAUGUAAGCUUGAAAUAUUCGUUCCCAGUUGAUUUUUAUUUUGAUUAUAUCACUACUGAGAAGUUUUGCAAGAUUUAGUAAAAUACUAUUUUUGUACUAACUGAUGGAAUAUCAGCAACUAUUUCAGUCACAGCUCUAAAACAAAACAACACAUCAAUAAACAAGUGCUAAACUAGAAUUGUCAAAUUGAAAAUCCAUUUCCUAAUGAAUUAUUGCUAUAGGUUGAAAACGGAUCCCCACACAGCAACCCUAUAAUUCCUGCUGCUGGAAACCAGGAAUUUAUGCAGCAGCAGGAAAGAAAGCUAUAUCAGAAGUGAUUCCAGAUUGCAGCUUUCUAAUACUGAAUAGAUACAAAAGGUCUCAGCAAUGCCCCAAGAACAAAAUACCUACUACUUACUAUUUUUCACACUGUCGUUGUGAAACUUGAAAAAUAGAGACCAUUUGAGUGUUUAGGUUAUGAACAUAACUUAUUUUAUUAUUAUAGCUGUCAAUUGUUCUCAUGUCAGAGACAAUGAGUAAACAUUUCAGUUUCAAGAUGUAUUUUCAGAAGCUCUAUUUUUGUGCAUCUGUUGUAAGGAAACACUGUUCUGGUGGGACCUGGAAUCACUUGGUGUCCAAUUCCAACUUUAUCUGUUUUGAAAAGGGAAAAAAAACACAAUGUAACCUCUUACUGAGGAAAAAAUAAAGUUUUAUUUUCUUUAUUA